AUGCAUUCGCUCCUUAGUAGGCUACAACAUGGCAAAUCAUUCAACAACCGCAUCUACUUUUUCAAGAUAUACGUUCCUGACAACCUCCUCUUACACGGCCUGAUCAACGGAGCCGUCAAUGAGCUGGUUUUGAAACUGAACGGAAAAUUCUUCGACCAGACGAAGAGUGAAAAUGAAGUGUCCUGUUUAUCUCUGCUUGAGCAUUUCGUGCCCGAUAUACCGGCACCGAGGGUUCUUGCGUGGUCUGAUAACAAGAACUCCGUCGUUCACAAAUUGACUGGCGCGGGGACCUUAGCAACAACGGAAUUGGAGAUUGAUUCUGAAGCUGAUGGACAACUUCAGGGCUGGAUCCUGAUGGCUCGACUUGCAGGAAUUCCCUUGUCCACGUUGAAUCUGGAUACGGACAAGCUUAAGGUCGUCGAUGUUGCUGGUUUGCUCAUUGCGUCUUCUUCAUACAUGCCUGCUUUUGGUGUCAAAGUUGUUGAGCCGAUCCUAAGCCCGCUUCAGUACUACCAAGUGAGACUUGAGACACGGCUCCAGAAGCUUCAGGAACUCGAUAUAUUUGCGGGAAACAGGCAUUUAGUAACUCCCACCAAGGAGUUUAUUGCCACCCAACUGCCGCAGCUCGGUAUAAGCACUGGGGAAAAUCGGUUUCUAUUCACACACUAUGAUCUUUCUCCGCUCAAUGUCUUGAUGUCUACAGAUCACACAAAGAUCGCCGGGAUCAUCGACUUUGAGUUCUCUGGAUUUUUCCCUGAGCUGGAUGAGUUCGUCAAUGAUACCGUGGCAAACGAAGGUGACUGGCUGGAUGCUUUUUACGACGCAUAUUUGAGUAGACUCGAGGUCUGCGGAAUGAACACCCCGAGAAAAGGGAUCAAAGAGCAAGAUUGGAAAGAGGCGACGACGCUUUCGCGAUUGGAAGAUAAUAUAGCGCCCUGGUGGCUUGAGAAUGUGGCACCGGAGGACAAGAACCACCACUCGGAGGGCCUUCAGAAGUCGGAAAAAAUGAUUUUGGAGGCAAUUCAGCUACUAAGAACCGGCAUUUGA